AUGGAGUACUUUUUGAUGCACCCUGGGAGGAUUUUCUUUGGUCAUUCAAUUGAUAUUUCUUCGUUAUUGGCAGGUGUGUGCAGUUCUGCAGUUAAAGAGAUCCCGGAUAGAUGUAAGCUUAUCUGCUCUGCUCCUUUUGUUGAAAACGAAGUCAAAGAGGCCAUUUUUCAGAUGCAUCCCACCAAGGCUCCUGGUCCCGAUGGUUUACCUGCCCUCUUCUACCAGAAAUACUGGAACAUUGUUGGUCAGGAUAUAGUUUUUGUUGCGCUUGAUGUGCUGAACAAUCAACGAGACCCUGCUGAUCUUAAUUCCACCUUCAUUGCUCUCAUUCCGAAGAUUAAGAACCCACGAGCACCGCAUGACUUUCGGCCUAUCAGCUUGUGCAAUGUUGUUAUGAAAGCUGUAACGAAGUCGAUAGCAAAUAGGCUAAAAGAGUUCCUUCCAGAAGUUGUUAGUGAGGAGCAGAGCGCUUUUGUGAAAGGACGGUUAAUAACAGACAAUGCGCUUAUCGCGAUGGAUUGUUUCCACUGGAUGAAGAACAAAAAAGCUGGGAAGAAAGGUACCAUGGCUCUGAAGCUCGACAUGUCAAAAGCUUAUGACCGCAUUGAAUGGGACUUUGUGGUUGGUGCGCUGGAAGCUUUUGGUUUUCCCUCAAAUCUGGUCAUGCUUAUCAGAAGAUGGAUGUUAAAGCAUGCUGCCAAUACUAAGGAGAUACACGGAGUUAAAGUUGCUAGGAAGGCCCCCACUAUUUCUCACUUAUUUUUUGCAGAUGACAGUCUGAUUUUUUCACGAGCCAACGAGAACGAAGCUGACAUAAUUCUGAAAAUUCUGGAAAAAUAUCAGCGUGCCUCAGGUCAGAUGGUAAAUGGUGACAAAUCUGAAGUUUCCUUCAGCAGUAACCUCUCCACGGAGUUAAAGGAGUCUAUUCGAAACAAGCUGGGUUUUAGAGCGGUGGGCAGUCAUACAAAGUACCUCGGGUUGCCGUUUGUGUUUGGUAGAUCCAAAAAAGAGGUGUUCUCCAUGGUUGUUGAUAGGGUGUGGAAGAAAGUGAAAGGAUGGAAAGAAAGCUUUCUAUCAAAGGCGGGAAAGGAAGUUCUUAUCAAGGCGGUGGCGCAAGCAAUACCUACAUAUGUCAUGAGCUGUUACAGGAUCCCGGAUUGUGUGUGCAAUGAUAUUGAGGUUCGAAUUGCGGAGGACAAUUGGAUUCCAACAAUCGCGGGGUUCAAGCCUUUCUCUUCAAGAAAUCUAUUGGCGCCGAAUGAAACAGUCUCAAAGCUAAUUGACAGCGACCUUGGCAGAUGGAAAGAAGAGGAACUCAGGAAAAAUUUUACACCUUUUGAAGCUGUGCACAUUGCGAGUAUCCCCAUCUCAGCGAGGCUCCCCGAAGACAGCAUCAUAUGGCAUUUUGAGAAAGACGGUGAGUAUUCCGUGAAAUCUGCUUACCAUCUAUCGAGGAGGCUGCAUCUCAGCUCCAGGGCGGGAACGUCAUCAAAUUCGGAAGGUGCCUUGUGGAAAAAUUUGUGGAAGGCUCCUCUGAUCGAGAGAACAAAAAAUUUCACCUGGAGAUUGCUCAACAAUAUCCUGCCAACCAAAUGCAAUCUGGAAAAGAAAGGUAUCAAAUUAGAUGUUUCCUGUCCAUUUUGUCAUAAUUUUCCAGAAUCAACAAACCAUGUUUUUAUGUAUUGUGAGUUUGCAAAAAGGGUGUUCUUCUCUCCCCCCCUGGGUGUUCGGUUGCCCCAAACUGGGGAUUUAAUCACUUGGCUGAUGGAGAUGAUUAAAAAGAAAGACUGGAAAUUAGCACAAGUAGUUUGCACUGGUUUAUGGAAGAUUUGGAAUGCGAGGAAUGCGGUUGUUUUCAAGUCCGACACACCCAAACCGCAUCAAAUUGCUCAAACUAUUGGUGAUGCGAUUAUGGAGAUCAAUAAGGCAAAAGAUUGUGAUACAAAUCAGACCCACGACAUCCCGAUGAGCAUUACCGCCACCGGUCAUUGGACUGUCAAUGUUGAUGCAGGAUGUUUUGAAGAUGGAGUAGUUUCUUUGGGAUGUCUAAUAAAAGUCCCGAAGGCAGGAACCUAUAUGGCAGCGUGCAAGACCCUCUCCAGUUUUGCGGAGCCGUCCACGGCGGAGUUGCUUGGUAUUAAAUGGGCAAUGGAGGUGGCAAAGGACCUCCAAAUUGAGAAUGUGAUGUUCUACUCUGAUGCGUUGGACAUUGUUGACAGUAUUAAUGGGGUUGUUCAUAAUGCAACACUUGAUUUUAUUGUUAACGAUUGUAAAGCCCUUCUUUAUAGCUUUAGGGAUGCAGCUCUUAUUUUUAUUAGCAGGAAUUUAAAUACAGAGGCUCACCAUAUGGUGGAUGUUGGAAAGGCCUUAGGUUCAAAUUCAUGGUUUGGCCAUUUUCCUACCUCUGAGGAACUAUCUGUACCACUGGCUUCUUUGGCCUCUGUUUAA